AUGGCGUUUUCUGGGGCGCUGACCUUGACGGAUCUCAACGACUUCAUCACUCCAUCGCAAGCAUGUAUCAAGCCGGUCGAGCAAACCAACAAAGUCGCCCCACCGGAGCACGCUGCAGCCUCCACCCAGAUUCAGAUCGAUUCCAGCGGGACGUACUACGAGGUCUCAGCACACGACUCGACAAGCGCGGGGAACAAACUCCAAACCGCCGAGGUCAGCCUGAACGACUGCCUCGCAUGCAGCGGGUGCAUCACCUCAGCAGAAUCCGUGCUGAUCACGCUGCAGUCGCACACGGAAGUGCUGAAUUUCCUCGCGGGCAACGCGCCGCCGACGUCUCCCGGGCACAAGGUGCCCGUGCUGUCGAUCGCACCGCAGAGCCUCGCGUCUCUCGCGGCCUCGCUCUCCUCGAGCAGCGCGCGCCCGGUGGACCUCUCGCGCGUCCUCCGCCGCGUCCGCGCGUUCUGCACGCAGGUCCUCGGGUUCGAGCAUGUGUACGACACGACGUUCGCGCGGCACGUCUCGCUGCUCGAGCACGCGCGGGAGUUCGCGGAGCGGAAGCAGGGUGCGGAGGGCGCACUCCCGUUGCCGAUGCUGGCGAGUGCGUGUCCGGGGUGGGUGUGCUACGCGGAGAAGACGCACGGGGAAAUGCUGCCGUUCAUCAGUCGCACGAAGAGCCCGCAGCAGGUGAUGGGCACGCUUGUGAAGGAGUGGUUGGGCCCCAAGUGGGGAAAAGUUCCGUCACAGAUAUACCAUGUCACGGUUAUGCCGUGCUACGACAAGAAGCUCGAGGCGUCGCGCCAGGAUUUUUACAACGACGUCUAUGCGACGCGGGACGUCGACUGCGUGCUUACAACAGGUGAGCUUGCGCAGCUGAUGCGCGACAAGGGAUGGGACCUUGCAACACCUGUCGCGGGCGAAUAUACUCCCAGUAACGGGAUCGGCGACGAUGUCGGGUAUGACAUCGCGAGAGAGCUCGACAUCCCCGAACUGAUCAUGCACCCGGGAACGAGUUCGGGCUCGUACCUACAGUCUCUGAUCUCCACGAUCUCCGCAACGUCCGCGUCCCCACUUGAGCUCUCUGUGCGCGCGAUUCGCAGCGCGGACUACGAGGAGCACACGCUGACGGACCGUGCGAGCGGCGCGGUCGUGUUCCGGGGCGCGAAGUGCUACGGCUUCCGGAACCUGCAGAACGUCGUGCGCAAGGUCGGGCGCGAGGCGGGCGUCCAGGUCGGGCGGGGCGCCGCUGGACGCACGGCUCUGCGAGGGCGCGGGCGCGCGCGGAAGGCGGGUGGCGAGGCGCACGAGGAGCGUGGAUACGACUAUGUGGAGGUCAUGGCGUGCCCCGGCGGCUGCGUGAACGGCGGUGGGCAGCUCAAGCCGGCGGUGCUGCCACCGAAGAAGGAUGCGGAGGGCUUCGAGAGGGACUGGGAAGGCGACGGCGUGAAAGUCGAGGAAGAUGGCCUCGCGCGAGGAUCUGACGCGAAGUGGGGCGAUCGAGAGUGGACGAAGAAGGUUGAGGAAGCGUACUGGCACGGGUUGCCGACUCCGCCGCCAUCGCCCACGCCUGAGUGUGUGGAUGUGGAUGUGGAAGAAGGCAAGCAGGUACGGAGAAGAGCAGAUCGUCUGGCCGAGGACGUACUGUUUGACGUGUGCAAGGCAACGACGAUCGUCCGGCCGAAGAUGCGAUGGAAGGACAGGCUGGACGAGAAGGCGGAAAUGCGGCGACGAGAUCUCUUCCGGACUCAGUACCGGGCUGUCGAGAGCGAGGUAGUCGGACUCGCGGUGAAAUGGUAG